AUGUCAGAGUCGAUGGCGGGUGGCACUACAGCGAUCGUCGUGAAUCGUUUUCCCAGCGCGACGUUGGGGCGUCGAUCGUCCGCGGCGGGCGACGCUGAUUGGCCUCCCGCCGGACGAGUGGUGGCCAAUUGCGUGCCGCCCUGCUCAUCCGUCGCCCAGCCAAUGACGGUCCGAGAAAGUGGCUCUUGUGCUUCUGCGCUUGCGCUGGUAGUUAGACUGUGUUCACAGCGGUUUCAGGGAUUGAAUUUGCAGAGCAGAAACAUGCGUAACCCCACCCCCAACGACUUGGUAAUGGAGCCCUCUCCAGAGCCUGACGCUUACUUUGGAACAGCGCCCCCACCAACGUUGCCUAUAGCCUACAGGCUCCCGGGGUCUGACCAGCUCGUCCGGGUUCCCCACGCCCUCUCCGGAGAAGAGAGCUCACGGCCACACGGACUCAGCGACGCCCUGCAGAUUGCCGCCCAUUUCCGCGAGCGGGGCCCGACACUGCUCUAUACGCGCGAUUCCCUCAUCCGCGAUGAUUAUCCAGCGAUUACUAACCCGAACCCACCCGGUGUUGGUGGCACCAAGCAGGAGGCUCGACGUUCCGUCCGCCUCCCGAGAGGCAGGCUCUCCGACGACAUCGCUGGUCUACUCAUUCUUGUGAGGUCUGCAGCGCAACUCGGAGGUGCAUCACCACCGGAUCUCGUGCUCUUUGCGCUACACACCACUUCGCGAAAUCUGCUGACCCUCCACCUCCCGGGUACCUCGUCCGCUGGAAUUCGGAAUUCCACUGCUGGGCGGAAUGAAUGGAUGUCGUUUCGGCUGUAUGAUCCUGGCAUACCCGUACCCGUACCCGUACCCGUAGCAAGGCUAUCGAAGCGUCACUGUGCCAUGCUGUCGCGAGAGGAUAACCAGGCCCCCAGCAUCCCCGGACCGACGCCUCAAUCCGAGUCCCUUGACGGACUCUCAGCAAUGUCGCAACGCUAUGGCCAUUGCUCGUUAAAGAAUCCAGCAAGUCCCCCGUUUCUACAUUCCCUGACCUUUCUUGCACGUCGGAGCCCCGGAAAUGCAUACAACGCUGCGCUCAGUAACGUCCUUCUCUUCCAUUCACGAUCACCCGUCAAAUUUCACGAAGCGGUGACCACCCAACUAUCCAUUCCGCUCUGGCGGAAAAUUGCGCGUCGCAGGGGGACUCGUGCUUCGGACGCGUCGCGCGUGAACGUCACACUCAGCCCCGAGCCGGGCUGCCUGGCAUACUCCCCGAAUACUCCGGGCGAGACCGGCAGAUUCCAGGACUCGAAGUGGUCAUCAGUGCGCGUGGCGGCACCCCCGAACGAGACAGAUUUACUGAAUUCCGAUGAAGAUCUGCACAUGGUGCAGCUACUAUACGGGACUUGUGCCUACUUUCCCCCGGCUCCGAGUGUCAGAUCAGGACCUAGCUCCAUUGGGCUUGGUACGGUAGGAGUUCGAGGUUCAAUUAAUGUCGUUCCCAAUCCGAACCUCCCCGCGCUGAAGUGUCCAGCGCCCUCCAGAAGCAUCGGGACUCCUCGAGCGUAUGUACAGACCGAUCGAAUGGGGCUUGGGCUUGGCCUCACCUUCGUUCACUCAUCUCUCUUUUGCCGGAGUCCAAAGUCGUAUGGUAGUGGAAAGCACACGAUUCAGAUCUUGCGUGAUCGGACUCAGGACUUGCGGCCUGGUAUUGAAGAGGACAUAUUAUUAGUUGGACCGGUUUCACCCACUGACAGUCCUGAUCGAAGUGCGGGUGUAUCGAGCAAGUAUCGAGAGGCUUUUUACCGUGUAGUAGCACUACUGGGUACCCAAUGA